CUCACAGAUUACGUCUUGCUUCUCUGCCAGACACACUCCUCACAAUAUUUAUAGUAAACCAGCGUCAUGAUGUGUGUACAAACACAACACCCGUCCCUUCAGGACUUUCUCUAAAAGGUCAGACCGCAAACUGCUUUCCUCCGCUGAAGGAUCGGCCAUGUUUGCGAGAGAAUAAGCAUCUGCUCAGAAGACGAGCGAUGAGGAAAAGUCUGAUCCAGGUGUUUGGGUUCCUGUUGUCCACACUCGGCUGGCUCUUCGUCAGCUGCACGCUGGCCAUGGACUACUGGAGAGUGCUCUUCGUAGGGGGCAAAGGCGGCAGCUGGAUGAUCAAGUCAUCUUGGUACUGGUCAAACCUGUGGAGGGACUGUGUGACGGACACGUCCUCCGUCACCAACUGCAGAGACUACGAUGUGCUGUGGGCCGUCACACCGUAUGUUCAGGCUGUGCGAGGGCUGCUGAUGGCCGGCAUGAGUCUGGGCUUCGUCGCGGCUGUGCUCUGCUUCAUCGGCAUGGACUGCACAUACAUCGGUGGAAGUGCGGAAAAAAAGGAUAAAAUAUUAUUCUCCGGAGCUGCUUUUCAUUUUGUCGGUGGUGUGUCGGCGCUCGCGGCGUAUUGUUUAUACACAAACAGGGUCGCCAGCACGGCCUUUUCCCCCGCGGUCGACAGAAGUAUUAUAAGGUAUGGCAUUGGAACUCCGAUAUUCCUCGGAUUGGCUGGGAAUUUCUUAAUAAUUCUUGGAUCUAUUUUAUAUGCUGUGACAGUCAUUCCAACAAGGAUGUUGAGUGCGUUUGCAGCGAGAGCAGAAGCCUCUCCGUCGUACGGCCAGCGGACGGCUAGUAAAUCUCUCUACGCUCCAGCGUACCGCGCUCCAUCGGGACCGUCCAGCGGCUCUCGCGGCUCCAGCGUCUCACGCGCCACAGGGGACAAAAUACAUGCCAGAGACACGUUUGUGUGAAACCUCAAAAGAGCUCUUUGACACGACAACCAGCAAUA